CACUUUCAUACAUUUUGGAUAAUUGGGUAAGCCUAUAGCGCGAUCUAAUCAUCAUCUAAAUUAAUCGACAGACAAGAUCGAACAUGGCACAUUACAGCUUGUUGUUGGUUCUCAUCAUGAGUUAUGUAUUGAAUGGAGUACUGGCGGAUAAUGAUGUCGUUUGCCCCGAGAUGGCCAUGUCUUGUCCUCAAACGCAUGUACCAGAUUUUGAUGAAGUCAUCAAAAUGGUUCCGAAGAGAUUACCCUCCGAUCAUCAAUUGGCAGGUCGUCCCGAGUUGAGAGGAAUUGAUACGAAUUUGAUUUGCUCAAUACCAGAUUGUUUGUCUAAUCCUUGUCUGCAAGGAGAGUCCUGUGUGGAAACAUAUGAUGGAUAUGAAUGUCACGUAUGUCCACCCUGUACUACUGGAAAUGCAUGCAAAGACGAGCUUCCGAAAGACUGCUCUGACCAUUACGAUGCAGGUGAAAGGACGAGUGGAAUAUUCACUAUUUGCUUGGGUUCUCACACAGAAGAUGAAGAACGUAUUGAUGUUUAUUGCAACUUGGAUGGAGGUGAUGGAUGGGUGGUCAUUCAACGUCGGCAGGAUGGAAGUGUGGAUUUCUAUAAAGAUUGGGCUUCCUACAAGAAUGGCUUUGGUGAUAUAGAGAACGAGUUCUGGCUGGGUAAUGAUAUCAUUCAUCGCAUCACAUACCAGGCAACAUACAGACUUCGAUUAGAGAUGGUGGAUUUGCAAGGCAAUCAUUGGGAUGCCAAAUAUGACAAUUUUCGUGUUGGAAGUGAGAUUGAGCUGUAUCGCCUCGGUGCUCUCACUUUUACUGGAGGAUCUGCAGGUGAUGCAUUGUUCUAUCAUGUCAACUCAGCAUUCUACACCUAUGAUCGUGAUACUGGAAAUGGCUGCGCCACGGCGUAUAAAGGAGGAUGGUGGUAUCAUAACUGUCACCACGCCAACCUCAACGGUCUUUGGUCAUUUGCAAGUGGCACAGGGAUGGCUUGGAAUUCGAAAUAUAUGAAGGGCUCUAUCAUGGAAAUAAAAAAAAUGGACUCGGAGUGAUUAACCAUUGAUUGACACAAAAAACUGUAUUCAACAUCUAUGGAUAUACAAUAUUAGUUGAUGUUCAGAUACUCUCUAAUACUUUUAUUGUCUUAGUGGUUUGGCGAUUAAAAAAAAAACAAGGUUCUGAUUAAACGCUGUAAAAAGUCCGGUUUUCAAUAUGCAACUCCAAGCAGGUGGUGCAACGUCAAACAUAUCAAAGGGUAUUUCAGGAAGGGAUAUUUGAUUUUAUACUUGUAGACUUUUAUUUUUUACGGCAACGAGGAUAAUAAUAUUACCUUCGAAUUUAGCUUUUUGGAGCUGCAAGAUGAAUUAUCUCAUCAAGUAUAAAAUAUCCUGUUAAUGUAUCUGGUCUUCUAUUUUUCAGUUUAACAACCGUACCGAUACUAAAUCUUACCAUUUUCUUUUUAAAAAGAGUUGGUAACUGCAAACUCCUAGUUCAACUUGACCCUAAUUGAAAAUAUUGAUGUUUAAGAGUUAAAGAUAAAGCCUAUGAUCAUUUUGCGUUCAAAAUCAUAUAAUACACUUCUCUGAUGAACAUAAUUAUCUAUAUAGCUCUAUAUCUAAAUGUGAGCUUUAUGACAAAGUAACCCAAAUCAUUUCUUAUUAGUCAUUUAAGGACGUUCCACAGUUAAAAUGAAGUCCAUGUCAUUUUCACCAAAUUUUGCAGAGAGUUACUUUGGUAUCUAUGCAUUAUGAAAAUGCAAAAAAUAACAUAGGUUCAUGUGCUUAUUUUUUUUCUACGGGUCUUCAAAGUCACCGUAUUUGAAUGAUAUGCAAUCUUGCGCAAUCAAGAGAAUUAUGCCUCUCUUAGACCUCACGAAUUCACCAAAUGAGUUUAAAUCAUCUUUACUCAGUGAAUACCGCAUCAAACUUCAUCAAAUUCUCAAGAUAUAUAACAAAGUGUAUACCAAAGUAAGAGAAGGUCUUUUAAUUGGUAAAACUAUACCUAUUUGGAGUCAACAGCGCCCUCAUUUGGCAAGGAUGAUGCAAAAACUCGGAAAAAAAACAAAUCUUCAAAGACGUGAAUCUACUCAAAAAUUAAAAAGUAUUUUGUAAGCUGCACUUUUUUCAAAAUCCAUGUCAUUUUUAUCAAAUUCGGCUAAACUGUAGAGGAAUGCAUAUCAAAGGUGUAGCGAAGUUAAAAAUAUGAGGUCCAUGUGCUCGUUUUUUAACUGUGAGUGUCCAAAAUGAGGCGAGUUGGCAUGAAAAUCGCCCAAAAUGCGUCCAAAACGUGCAAAAGUCUAAUAAUGCCGUCUAAAAUGCGAAUGAUUCCGUAGUUUUGCCCCAAAACAUUCAAAAUCCAUGUCAUUUUCAUCAUACUCUCCAUAUUUGUAGAAUAAUUUAUUCUAAAGACAUUAAAAUCUUAAAAAUAUGGGGUCCAUCUGCUCGUUUUCAAACUAUGAGUGUCCAAAGUGAUGCGAGUUGGCUUGAAAAUCGCCUAAAAAGCACCGAAAACAUGCAAAAGUCUCUUAAUACCCUCUAAAAUGCAAAUGGUUCCAUAUUUCGCUCCCAAACAUUCAAAAUCCAUGUCAUUUUCAUCAUACUCUCUAGAUUUGUAGAGUAAUAUAUUCUAAAAGCAUUAAAAUAUUAAAAAUAUGGGGUCCAUGUGCUUGUUUUUAAACUAUCAGUGUCCAAAAUGCUGCGAGUUGGCUUGAAUAUUUUGAAAUCCACCUAAAAUGCGCCGAAAACGUGCAAAAGUCUAGUAUCGUCUAAAAGCGAAUAGUUCAGUAGUUUUGCUCCCAAACAUUAAAAAUCAAUGCCAUUUUCAUCAUACUCUCUAGAUUUUCAGAAGAAUAUAUUCUGAUGACGUUAAAUUAUUAAAAACAUGGGGUCCAUCUGCUCGUUUUUAAGCUAUCAGUGUGUAAACUGUUGCGAGUUGGCUUGAAACAGCCCAAAAUGCGCCGAAAACAAGUAAGUCUGAUAAUACCGUCCAAAAUGUCUAAAAUAUGAAUGGUUCCUUAGUCCUGCUCCCAAACAUUAAUAAUCCAUGUCAUUUUCAUCAUACUCUCUAGAUUUACAGAGGAAUAUAUUUUGAUGACGUUAAAAUAUUAAAAACAUGGGGUCCAUGUGCUCGUUUUUAAGCUAUCAGUGUCUAAACUGUUGCGAGUUGGCUUGAAACAGCCCAAAAUGCGCCGAAAACAAGUAAAAGUCUGAUAAAACAAAAAUCAACAAGUAAAUUGAAAUGUAACAAUAUAAGCUAGAAUUGUAUAUUGAUUUCCUUUUCACUUUUCGAAUAUAUUAUUGUUAUUCUUUCUUCAUUUUCUCUUUGACAGUUCUCCUGCUACUCAUGAACGCACUGUAUAUACCAUAUACCUAUCUAAUAUUAUAUAACUGUAAUAUGUAAAUAUACCUAUAUGGCUCUAGAAUAACUUUACCUUCAUAUCACUUGUUGAUGUUUGAAUAAAUCGUGAACUUUUUGUUAAUGUUCAGUAAGUUGCAUUAACCGGUUCCGCCUAAAUU